AUGGAUCCGCAAUUCCCCCACAUGCAAAGCAACGGCAUCGGAGACCGAAUCCCCGAUCCCGGAUACAGUCUGCACCUUCCCACGUCCACACUUCUAAAAGCCACCCCUACUCCGAAUACCUCGAUUAAAGAUUAUUUUCCCUUCACAAAUAUGACCCCCAUCUUUCGUGCCGAGCAAAUUGGCUCCCUCAUGCGGCCCCCGGAACUUUUGGCUGUCCGGAAAGCGGCUGGCGUGGCGGCCCCGUACUCGCAAAUCCCCAAGGAAAUUCAUCAACCAACCAAGGCUGCAAUCGGUACGGCCGUGACCAAACAAUUGGAACUUGGCAUUCGCCCAAUCAUGUCGGGCGAAUAUGAACGCGUUGUAUUCUACUCAGGUUUCUUUGAGAACCUCGCCGGGAUCGAGGUUAUCAAAGCUAUCCCGAUUCCUGAGGGCUAUCGGACCAGCUUUCCCACAGUCAGGAUCCUCCAGGAACUUGAGAUCUCUACUCGGGAUUCGAUUGUGGCUGUGGACCAUAUAUGCCACACACAUAGCCCCUACCUAUCAGAGUGGCAUGCCCUCCGAAGCCUCCUUGCACCGGAGCAGUGGCGCGAAUGCAAGCUGACAAUGCCACCUGUCACCCAUGGUCAUAUGCAAAUGGCUAAAGGCACUGCCUAUCGCGCAUCGGUCUAUAAGGAUGACCGCGAAUACUUCGCCGAUCUUGCAGCGGCGUACACAGCCGAGUUUCGUGUGCUUUAUGAUGCGGGGUUGCGUUCAAUUCAGAUAGAUGACCCAUGUCUUUUAUUCUUCGUAACAGAUGAGUUCCGGUCGGGCUGCGAGGCAGAUGGUGUUGAUCCAGACGCAUUGCUUGAUCUAUACAUCUGGGCCCACAACCAAUGUCUGACGGGAAAGCCAGAUGAUCUGCAUGUCGGCCUGCAUUUGUGUCGUGGUAACAUGGCGGGAUCAACACAUAUAAUGAGCGGAUCAUACGAAAGGAUCGCGAAAAAAAUGUUCACGGAACUCGACUAUGACACCUUUUAUCUUGAGUACGAUACUGACCGCGCUGGUGAUUUUGAACCGCUUCGCCAUUUACCUACCGGGAAGAACGUGGUGUUGGGCGUCGUGUCAACCAAGUCACCAGACAUGGAAGAUAUCGAUGAGCUCACUGCCAGAGUGAAUGCUGCAGCGCGCAUAAUUGGCCAAGGGCAAGGUCGCAGCACCGCAGAGGUCAUUGAUACCUCUCUAGGUGUCAGUCCCCAAUGUGGAUUUUCUAGCAUGAGUGCUGGCGGAGGGUAUGGGGUCACGAUGGAGCGGAUGUGGGAGAAGCUGUUGCUAGUUAAGCAAUUGGCUGAACGCAUAUGGGGAAACCCGUGA